GGCGCGGUGGGCGGGGCCAAGAGGACGCUGUGUAUUUUGGUCGGAUGCCUCAGCGUUCUGAAGGGCCCCGGAGGGCGGGAGGCAGGGAAGGAAGGCGGCACGUGGAGCGGAGCGGGGCCCGGGCCCAGGCCGAGCAGAAGCCUCCCAGGACGGUGCUGUUGCUGAGUCAUUAAAAAAAUGGCGCUGCGCUUCCGCGCUUUCCUUCCCUUUGCCAUACCCGGGGUGCUGGCACUCAUUGGAUGGUGGUGGUUUUCCUCGCGUAGAAAAGAGCGAGCCAACAACCACGACAGGCAAGACCUACCCAGCUUGGAAGAGCACAGGCUAGUCUCCGCUGCGGAGGAGUCCCAUUUGGGUGAAGACACACCGCCAAGUAAUGAACUCUUGUUGCCUUUGGAAGCCAAAGAGGCUGCUCAGUCAUCCAUCGCGGUUGAGCCUUCAGGAGAACCGCGAGCGCCAUCAGAACAGCAGGCUGGUUGCUUGGAUCCUUCAGAAAGAGACGAACAGGCUGAUGCAAGAACGACCAUUGAGUUGAACAGACUUCGGGACGACAGUGAAAAACUAGAAAUGAUCAGGUGUCAAGGUAUAUCGGGAUCCCAUGUCCUGGAGUCCUCCCCUCCAGCUGCACAAAUAGGAAGCUCCAGCAGGGAUGAAAUGACUGCUGAGGCAAAGCUGGAUUCCACACAAGUUGCAGACCAGGUGCCCCAGGCCAUUUUUAUGACGGGAGUUCUGCUGGACUCAUCUCAUUUGGAGAAACCAGAAGAUAACGGUGAAGAUCUAACAGUCCGGAACGACUCCGAAGAAGAGCAGUGUCCUAGUGCUGGCUCUUUGCCCAUUCCCUGCUCUGAUGUGGCACAUAAAGCUCCAUUAGAUCAAACUGAAAGGGAGGAGAUGAAUGGUGGCGCUGCUGUUGAGAUGGAGACCACUGAUGUUGAGAUGUCACGGGAAGUAGAGACGUCCAGUUCAAAGGCUGGUAGUAUGUUGAACCACUACAGGUAUGGAGAUGAGGGACAGAAGGGCGGUUUGGAGAAGGAGAAGAUCGGAGGCAUCAGGUUGGACAAAGAGGAAAUCGAGAACAUUGACCAAGUUGCCAUACAUAUAAUUUCCAAUGUCAUCCAAGCUGCCACCGAAGAAGUUCUUUCUGGGUCAGUGAACAACGUGUCUGACAGGAUCUGUCAAGGGGCCAGUUGUGUUGACAAACAGCUGGAGAAGAUGUGCACGAGUGCGGAAUGCAGCACAAUGAGUGACUCUGCAGCCGAGAAGGUUCCUCCCUUAGAACGACCUCCCUUCCUAGAAGGAAGUACCGACCAUACGGUGUUCUCUAGCCACUUGACACAUGGCCUCCUGGGAAACCCCACCUUUGGUCAGUCUCAGGACUCUCUAUUUACUGGGCAGCCUCUCAGCGACGAAGCCGUGACCACAGACCAGGAGGAGGAGAUUGAAGAUGCUCACACUUCAGAUUCCGGCUGCAAUGCAUGCGCAUCAGAAGACGGGGCAAGUGCAGAGGACCUUUUGAAAAUCCCUUUGUCCCCUGCUUUGCAGCAAUGCCUGGAUCUGUUGAACAUGCCCAUCAAUGAGGACUUGGAGCAAAGGUCGGCACUGAGCAGAAAACCGUUCUCCUCUACGCUAGCGGGAAACAAGGUGCCGUAUAGCAAUGGGGUGCUGAAGGAGGAGUGCGUCCCUCGGGGACAUGAGCAGGCCUGGUCGGUUGAAGCAGAUGCAGAGCACUCAGGAGACUCAGAUGUAAAUAGCAUGGAUUCCAUGGACAGUGAGUGCGCUCUCCGAAAGAAUGGCAGCUGCCAGAACUCAAAGACUGGAUCAGACCCUCUUAAGACAGAGCUUGUUAUCUGGGAGAUAGAAAUACCAAAGCAUUUAGUUGGUCGCCUGAUAGGCAAACAGGGGAGGUCGGUCAGCUUCCUGAAACAAGCAUCCGGUGCCAAAAUCUACAUUUCCACCAUACCUUACACUCAGGACUUCCAGAUCUGCCAUAUAGAAGGCUCUCAGCAAAAUGUUGACAAAGCCCUGAGCUUGAUUGGGAAGAAGUUCAAAGACCUGAGCCUCACCAACAUCUACACGCCGCCCCCUCCUUUGUUGCCUUUGCAUUCCCUCCGCAUGAUCUCCUGGCUCAUGCUUCCUGAAGGGGUCACUGUGGAAGUGAUUGUGGUCAACCAGCUGAAUGCCGGACACCUAUUUGUGCAGCAGCACAUGCACCCCACGUGCCACGUCCUUCGCAGUCUAGACCAGCAGAUGUUCCUCUGUUAUUCCCAGCCCGGGAUUCCAACCCUACCAACCCCAGUGGAAGUUGGUGCCAUCUGUGCAGCGCCGGGAGUGGAAGGGGCCUGGUGGCGGGCACAAGUGGUGGGAUACUUCAAAGACGUCGGCGAAGUGGAGAUCAGAUACGUGGACUAUGGCGGAUAUGAGAGAGUCAAGAUCGACACCCUUAGGCAAAUCAGGUCUGACUUUGUAACACUACCUUUCCAAGGAGCAGAAGUCCUGCUGGACAAUGUAGUUCCACUGCCAGGUGACGAUAACUUUUCACCCGAAGCAGACACAACAGUUAGUGAAAUGACCAGAGGGACUCCCCUGCUUGCACAGGUUACGAAUUGUGACAGUGCAACAGGCUUGCCUCUAAUACAACUAUGGAGCAUGUUAGGAGACGAGUUGGUGUCUAUCAACAGAACCUUGGUGGAGAGUGGCCUCGCACAGUGGGUCGAAAACUACUAAGGACAUCCUUCUCUGUUUUCUGGACUAGUUUUCCUUAUCCGCCCCACCCUCCACAACCACCUUACCCUUUCCCCCUCUUUCUCUCCAGUUUUUGGCACUGUUUCAAAAUUGGGUUUGGCAACUCUCCUUCCUGAGCCCUCCCCAAACAUUUACGCUCGUGGCCAGCUGUGAUGUGUCCACCUGACAACAAGUCUAGAUUGCGUACCUCAUUUUUGCAGGAAGGCCUGGAGUUGAACCGUAAGCCAUAGGAAAUCGUCGCUUGGAAGCCCGCCUCCCCUUUAUCUACUUUCUCACCUGGGUCCAAAAGUGACAUUCAAAAAAAAGAAAAA